AUGGCAGGUGAUGACGACUUAGGAACGGAGGAAACACCUCCCGAUUUCACAACACUCUUUCAGCAGUUCUUGCAAAGUCAACACCAAUUGAAUCAAUACUUUGCAGCCACCGCACAACAACAACAAGAAAGACAAGCCGGUGCUGAAUAUCGAAUCCCUGGAAUAGGAAACGACAGUUCAAAAGGCUUGACUGUCCAAUUACCAAUUUUUAGCGGUAAAGACGGUGAAAACGUCCUUACAUGGUUGCUCCAAGUUGACCUCCUUUUCAAGGCAAGAAAAGUCGAAGACAUGGAACGGUUGCAAUAUGUAAUUACAGGACUCAAGGAUGCGGCUUUACAAUG